AUGGAAAAUCCUCUCUUUGCUUUAGCUUUUGGAAGCUCAAAACUUUCAACAUAUGUUUAUCAGAAAACACUGCCUUGUUACCAACCUGGAUAUUGCUAUUUUAGAGUAUGGGGAGUGUUCUCUGCAAAGUUUAGAAUCAAUACAAAGUUGUUCUCUGCAAUUGAAUUGUGGCUUACCUAUACGUUGGUUCCAGAUUCUGGCAAACAAGGCAUAGGAAACGGAACCCAACUAGAUACCAAGGUUGUGCAGACAUUUCAGAAGAGCUUUGUGCAAGUGCAAGAUAUUUUGGAUCAGAACAGAUUGCUAAUUAAUGAGAUUAACCAAAACCACGAGUCCAAGAUCCCUGAUAACCUCAGCCGGAAUGUUGGCUUAAUUAGAGAGCUUAACAGCAACAUUAGAAGGGUCGUAGAUCUCUAUGCUGACCUCUCCAGCUCUUUUUCCAGGUCAAUGGAAGCUUCAUCAGAAGCUGAAUCAGGUGGGACUUUGAAAUCUGAUGGAAAAUCUAGCGAGAAGAGAAUUAGAUCCGGGUAA